GGUUAUAGUAUAAGGCGUGGGGUUAUCGGUUCUCUGCAAUAAUUUGUGAAACGUAUCCUUUUUAAACUAAAGAAGGGAACAAACCCUGUCCGUCUUCGUGUUUGUGCUGAACUCAAGGAAGUCAGCAUGAAGGUCUUGAUUUGUUUAGUAUUCUUGCUUGGUCUUUCGACUGUGUCCUGCAAAAGAAAGUACAAGCAUAGCCUCGUCAGCAACGCUAUUCGCCUCAUGGAUGGUCUAUACGGCGACACUAUCGAGUUGGUGGAAAAUCAAACCUCGGAGGUACCCGUUAGCAUCAACUUCAUUCCCGUCCAAGUUCCACUACUCCAAAGCCAAAAGGAUGCAUGGUUUUUCGUAAAUAUGAGCUAUAAUGAUAAACCGGAUGGGUCUUUCCUCAUGACUUUUUCCUUAGAAAAAAGCAAAUGGAUCGCUGAGUUUGUACUUUUCAAAGACCAGUACAUAUUCAAUGUCUCAAUAUCCGUGUUGCAAGAGUUUCUAAAUAAAUACGUCACCGAGGAUUUUACACUCCGCAAGCCCCGCUGUACUUGUAUUUUGAAGUAUCUUAGCAAGCAGACAAAAAACAUAGUCAGCUGUCUUCUGCCAAAGUGUCUGACUCAGGACAAGGCAAACAGGUCUAUAAUCAUGAGAUUCGACUGCUCGGGCUUGUAUUUUCUCCGUGAGGACUAUGUGGUUUUCUCUAUGCGCCGGAUCACGAAAUAUCCUAAGCUACGUCCGGCCGCCAUGAACAGAUUGUUGGACAAAGGUCGCAUAUGCCCUUUAGAGGAAUAGAGAUUAGCACAUGUUGCUUGUCGACAUAUGUAGGCUAUAUCCUAAACACAUUUUUAUUAAAUUCAAAAACACAAUAUACACAUCUAAAAGCUGCGUACAUAUAACAUAUGAAAUAUAUAUUUUACAACUUUCAAUUCAAAAUCUUAAAUUCUAAACAGGCAUUUCAACAAUCUUAUCCAUAGUAAAUAUAGAUCUAGAUCUUAUACAAUUGUAUCAUUCAACAGUAACAAACAAUUUUAAAGCGGAAUUAUAAAUUUCAUUACAUGUCAAACAUUCAAUGUAUAAGACAUUUGAUAUCCUUAAUUUUUAAAAAAUGUGAUCUAUAAAACUACAUUUAUACACCCUGUAUUACAAAAACCAACAUCCUAUUCGUGGUAAAAGCGUGUAGCCUUGCUAUUGCUACAAGCAAAAUAAAGA